AUGGUGCUGUACUAUGUCUGGGCCCCUUUCUUUUGCCCUCCCGGUCCCCCGUUUCCCCAGCCCCGCAUGACAAUGACCCUUCCGCCAUUUCCCCAUUCCCUCCACAACCCUGACCUUUCCGCGCAUAGGUCAGACACUUGUCGCCUAUGUCUGGUUUUCAGAACGUUCCCACCCUUUUCCUUCGCCAACUUCGCAAUUCUCCCUUCCAUUUCCGGGACCACCCCACCCUGCAAUCUGCAGAUUUCCGCACCUGUGUUCCCGCUGUGCAAAACGGAGGGCCCAGAUUUCAUCCCGUGCCUGGAGAACGAGGCUGCGAUCAAGGCGCUCAAAUCGACGGCGCACUACGAGCGUCGGGAGCGGCACUGCCCCGGGAAGGACGGCGUGCUGCGCUGCCUGCUGCCGCUGCCCGAGGGGUACAAGGCGCGUGUCAACUGGCCCGAAUCCAGGGACCAGAUCUGGUUUGCCAACGUGCCUCACACACAACUCGCAAACUACAAGGCGGAUCAGAACUGGAUCAAGCCUGAGGGAGACAGAUUCAUAUUCCCAGGCGGGGGAACGCAGUUUAAGUACGGCGUCACUAAGUACAUCACAUGGCUACAGGAGGUCUUCCCCUUCCUGUCCUUUGGCAAGCGCAUCCGAGCCAUGAUGGACAUGGGCUGUGGAGUGGCAAGUUUCGGCGCGUACCUCGACGGCUUCCACACGCGAGUGUUGUCUGUAGCGCCCCGGGACGAGCACGAGGCACAGGUUCAGUUUGCUCUAGAGCGAGGAGUGCCGGCGCUGGUGGGGGUGAUGGGAACGCAGAGGCAGCCCCUCCCCUCCAACGUGCUUGACGCUCUCCACUGCGCACGCUGCCGUGUGCCCUGGCAUGCCGAGGGUGGCAAGCUGCUAUUGGAGGUGAACCGCCUGCUCCACCCAGGAGGCUACUUCAUCUGGUCGGCAACCCCGGUGUGCAAGGAGUGUGCUGCCAAGGGCACAGACGACGAAGGGAUAUGGGCAGCCAUGAAGAACCUGACAGCCAGCAUGUGUUGGAAGCGCGUGGGCAAGAAGAUCAGCCACGGGUUUGGAAUCGGGGUAGCCGUGUGGCAGAAGCCGACCAGCAACGACUGCUACGCCGCCCGGCUGGCCGGCGCACUGCCGCCCAUGUGCCCGCUACAGGACAACGCAGAUGCGGCGUGGUACAUCCCCAUGCAGACGUGCCUGCAUCCAGUGCCGUCCAGGAAGGAGGAGAGGGGCGGCGCGUGGCCGGCGGAGGUGAAGGAGUAUGAGCACGAUGUGGGGCAUUGGGAGCGGGUGGUGCGGCAUUAUGUGGAUGGGCUGGGGAUCAACUGGGAGGGCGUGAGGAACGUGCUUGAUAUGGAUGCACACUAUGGCGGUUUUGGCGCUGCCUUGGAGCGUGCUAAGCCUGUGUGGACGAUGAACGUGGUGCCCACAACCAGUCCCGACACCCUGCCAGUCGUCUUCGACCGGGGGCUGCUAGGUGUAUACCACGACUGGUGCGAGGCGUUCAACACUUACCCUCGCACCUACGACCUUGUUCACUCGGAUCAUCAUUUUGGCAAGGCGCUUACUGAAAAGAGGUGCGAGGCAGCAGACAUAGCAGUCGAGAUCGACCGAAUCCUGCGCCCCUUUGGCUACUUGAUAGCCCGGGAGCACGCGCAGCACAUCCCCUUCCUGCAGGCCGUGGCGAGGGGCCUGGGGUGGAGCCAAACAGUGCUGGUGAAAGAGGGCAGGGAGGCGUUUGUGGUGUUUCAGAAGACCAUGUGGCGACCAGAGGGGCAGGCAGAGCAGCAGCAGCAGCAGCAGCAGAACUUAGUGCGUGGGCAGAGCAGCAGCCGUGGGAGAAUUGAGUGGUGGCGAGGGGCCUGA